UAUCUUACUACAACCUAUUUUGACACAUGCUCCAAGUCUACCAACCACACGAUUGCAAAAGCGUGAUUAUCGAGCUCCUAACAAACAAAAUUUGAUCUCUCGUCUGAAUACUGUUAACUGGACGCCACUCAUGCGGCUGAAUUCAUGCGAGGAACAACUGGAUUCUUUCCAGUCGGUAGUUCACGUUGCUUUGAAUUCCUGUAUCCCCAUGCGUACUGUGAAACAUCAUCCUAACGACAAACCAUGGAUUACUCCUGUUAUUAAAGAAUCUAUUAAGAAACGUCAACAAGCUUGGUUGAAUAAUGACUUACACCAAUAUAAUGUUUAUCGCAAUAAAGUGAUAAAACUCUGCAAGAGAGCACGCCAAAGAUUCUACAAUGACAAAAUUAAUCACAUGCAUGAGAGUAAUCCUAAAAAGUGGUGGGACGGAAUCAAGCUGUUGUCUGGACUUUCUAAUCCUCCCCCGUUAACAAGCUUAGCCGUAAAUGGCACUGUUUUGAAGGACUUCGAUCUUGCUGUCGCUAUUAACGAAUCCUUUUGCAGUGUUGCUGCUGACAUACCACAACUAAACUUUACUCCCAUACCUGUUUCCAACAUUCCUGAUGAGUACAUUAUUACCCGUGAUGCCGUAGAACUUGCUUUGGUGGCUGUCCAAGAUCGCAAGUCUGUAGGACCUGAUGAGAUUCCCAAUUGGCUCUUGAAAACCUGCGCCACAACUAUUAGCAUCCCUGUGUGUUCCAUGUUUAACUCUUCUAUUAGAGAAGGUCGUGUCCCCGGGCUGUGGAAAUGUGCGGAUGUCCUCCCGUUGGGGAAGAUCUUUAGACCGAAGUCUAUUGAUACAGACCUUAGACCUAUAUUUCUAACUGCAGUGUUGAGCACAAUUCUUGAGUCUUUUGUUUUCAACCGGCUUGCACCUAUUGUUAUGCCAUACAUCGACCCUUUCCAGUUUGGUAGUGUGAAAAAGUCUUCAACCACUCACGCCCUCGUGCAUUUAGUCCACUACUGGCUCUCUGCCCUGGAAACGCCUAACACCAUUAUCCGAACCUGCUUCAUCGAUUUUUCCAAAGCGUUUGAUCGAAUUGAUCAUAACAUUCUGAUGCGCAAUUUACAGCUUCUCAAUGUUCCACCGGUCCUAUUAAACUGGUGUUCAAGUUUUCUUCAAGGCAGACAGCAGCGCGUCAAAUUAAAAACUUGUAAAUCUGAUUGGAAAGAAAUAAAAGCUGGACUUCCGCAAGGUACCAAACUUGGUCUUCUGUUGUUUCUUAUAAUAGUCAAUGAUCUGUCCAGCGAAUUGCCUUUGUACAAGUAUGUUGACGAUUGUGCAAUCUCUGAAGUCGUUAGAGUAUGUGAACCGGAUCUACCAAAAUUACAGCAAGAACUUGACAACGUGACCCAGUGGUCAAGUGCGAACAACAUGAAGUUGAACGUUAAAAAAACUAAAGAUUUCACCGUGUCAUUUUUUAUCAAUCAACUCUUGGCGCAACCCUUGAUUGUCAAUAACCAACCCCUGGAGACUGUUAAUACCAUCAAGCUCCUGGGGGUAAAUUUGACCUCCGAUCUUAAGUGGACUACACACAUCAGCCACAAAUCCUCUAAAGCAAGCAAACGUCUGUACGCUUUAAGGAUAUUAAAGGAGAAGCCAUUGACAUGUCAUGCCAUGAUGGCGGAUGGUCAUGCUAAGGUUAGCUCCAUAGAUAUUCCCAAUACUAAAUUUAAUGUUGGAAAUGUGAAUUUGGACGAUAUUCGAACGUAUAAAAACAACAACACUCUUGUCUAUGAUGGGCAACGUUUAAAGUGGAACGGCAACUAUGAUGAACUGGAGAGUUUUUAUUCAAAAUACCGUUGGUUUGGGCGGUAAAUGGAUUUCACCAGCGGGAACUCUAAGAAGUUUAUAAGCAACUCAGAUCUGACAAUAACUUGGUAUUGCGGCAAACAACGAACAUUAGUUGUCCAAGGUAGCGAAGGGGAGUCUUUAAAGGAAUUACUGGUAAGCCUAAAGUCUCAGUAAUAACUUGCACCGGUGAUAUAAGCGAAGUAAGCAACCUAACAACCGAGAAUAAUGAUUAUGGAGCCGAGAUUCCUGUCGCCAAAAUAGAUAUAAUAUCACCUAUAGAUAAUUCGUCGCUUGCGGAGCUUGAGAAUUUUAUUGACGAUUCAUUUUGUAAUAUUAUGAACUCCCGACACAGUGAAGUAACGAAGGGUACUGUGGAACAAGUAUUUGUAAAUUCUACCCCCUUUAAACACGCGAGAGCGACAGCGCCACUAUAAAAAAUGCAUUAUUUGACAAUUUUAAAGAGAAGGUUGAAUAUGAAAUAUCAAAUUUAUUGGCUAAACUCACCAAGCAAGACGAAACUAUCAACAUAAAUAAGCAAGAUAUAUACAAAUUGCGUGAAGAAAAUUUGCAUCUCAAAUCACGUAUCUCCAAAUUAGAAGGAAAGAUGGCCUCGGCCUCCAUAGAAAAAUUCCCUGGUGCUAUUGAAGUAUCUUGUGUCACACCUACAACGCAGUAA